GAGCCAGAGGAGGUGUCUGCUGCAAGUUCCUGGCUGCUUCCGAGCUCACCCCAUCCUCUGAGAGGGAGGAGGCCCAACUGGUGAUGCUGCUGCUGCUGCCGCCGCCGCCGCCUCUAUUGCUGAUACUCUAGUGGGGCUGAAGGGUGGUUCCUAUUCGCACCAUCGCCAACCAGAGACAGAGGGGAAAAAAAAACCGGCAGCCGCUGCUGAUGUUGGGUUCGGAGACUGCAUCCGACUCGGUCACAAGGAAAAUGGAUUCAGUUUGCAUCUCUCCCUCCUUUAAACAGCUUCUCCGGGUCUCAGCAUGGGCUUCCAGGGCAGCGAUUGAGGAGACCUUACCAAGGAGCACCACACAGUAGAUGCUGAGACAUCGUACUCCAGGAUAAGAAACAGUAACAUGGCAGCACCUGCUUGAAAGAAAUUAAAAACCAACAGACUCCAUUUAGAAAGGAACAAUGUCCAAGAAAGGGCGAAAUAAGGGCGAGAAGCCCGAGGCACUCAUUGUUGCCCUUCAAGCUGCCAAUGAAGACCUCAGGACCAAGCUCACAGACAUUCAGAUAGAGCUGCAUCAAGAGAAGUCCAAGGUAUCAAAGCUUGAAAGAGAGAAGACUCAAGAAGCAAAGAGGAUUCGUGAGCUGGAGCAGCGCAAGCACACGGUGCUGGUGACAGAACUCAAAGCCAAGCUCCAUGAAGAGAAGAUGAAGGAGCUGCAGGCUGUGAGGGAGAACCUUAUCAAGCAGCACGAGCAGGAAAUGUCAAGGACGGUGAAGGUACGUGACGGAGAGAUCCAGAGGCUCAAGUCUGCUCUCUGUGCUCUCCGCGACGGCAGCAGUGACAAAGUAAGGACAGCGCUCACCAUUGAGGCCCGGGAGGAGGCCCGGAAACUGUUUGACACAGAGCGCCUUAAGCUCUUACAGGAAAUUGCGGACCUGAAAACGGCCAAGAAGCAGGUGGACGAGGCUCUGAGCAAUAUGAUCCAAGCAGAUAAAAUCAAGGCUGGGGACCUUCGGAGUGAGCAUCAGUCCCACCAAGAAGCCAUCUCGAAGAUCAAGUGGGAGUCGGAGCGGGAUAUUCGGAGGCUGAUGGAUGAAAUCAAAGCCAAGGACAGGAUCAUCUUUUCCUUGGAAAAGGAACUGGAGACCCAGACAGGCUAUGUACAGAAACUCCAACUUCAGAAGGAGGCUUUGGAUGAACAACUCUUUCUGGUCAAGGAGGCUGAGUGCAACAUGAGCAGCCCAAAACGAGAAAUUCCAGGAAGGGCAGGUGAUGGUUCCGAACACUGCAGCAGUCCUGAUUUGCGAAGAAAUCAAAAGAGAAUAGCUGAAUUGAAUGCCACUAUAAGAAAAUUAGAAGACAGGAAUACCUUGCUUGGAGAUGAACGAAAUGAACUGUUAAAACGUGUGCGGGAAACCGAAAAGCAAUGUAAACCUCUCCUGGAAAGGAACAAGUGCCUCGCCAAGAGAAACGAUGAACUGAUGCUGUCCUUGCAGCGCAUGGAAGAAAAACUAAAAGCCAUUACCAAGGAAAAUUCAGAAAUGAGAGAAAAAAUAACAUCCCAUCCACCCCUGAAGAAAUUAAAAUCUCUGAACGACCUCGACCAAGCUAAUGAAGAACAAGAAACAGAGUUUCUAAAACUUCAGGUCAUUGAGCAACAGAACAUUAUUGAUGAGCUCACAAGGGACCGAGAAAAGCUCAUCCGUAGAAGAAAGCAUAGAAGAAGUUCUAAGCCAAUUAAGAGGCCUGUUUUGGACCCGUUUAUUGGCUAUGAUGAGGACUCUAUGGAUUCAGAGACAUCAUCCAUGGCCUCAUUUAGAACAGACAGAACACCAGCUACUCCUGAUGAUGACUUGGAUGAAAGUUUAGCAGCUGAAGAAUCUGAACUAAGAUUUCGACAAUUAACAAAAGAAUAUCAGGCCCUCCAAAGAGCAUAUGCCCUCCUACAGGAGCAGACGGGAGGCAUCAUCGACGCUGAACGAGAAGCCAAGGCUCAAGAACAGCUCCAAGCAGAGGUGCUAAGGUAUAAAGCCAAAAUUGAAGACCUGGAAGCGACUCUGGCUCAGAAAGGGCAGGAUUCACACUGGGUAGAAGAUAAACAACUUUUCAUUAAGAGAAACCAGGAGCUUUUAGAAAAGAUAGAAAAACAGGAGGCAGAAAAUCACCGGUUACAACAGGAACUACAGGACGCCAGAGACCAGAAUGAGCUGCUGGAGUUUCGAAACCUAGAGCUAGAAGAGAGAGAGAGACGAUCCCCUCCAUUUAAUCUCCAAAUUCACCCAUUCUCAGAUGGUGUGAGUGCUCUACAGAUCUACUGUAUGAAAGAAGGUGUUAAGGAUGUGAACAUCCCCGAUCUCAUAAAGCAGCUUGAUAUCUUGGGUGAUAAUGGGAAUUUAAGAAAUGAAGAACAAGUGGCCAUAAUUCAGGCCAGCACUGUGCUGUCCCUGGCAGAGAAGUGGAUCCAGCAGAUUGAAGGAGCAGAGGCUGCCCUACACCAGAAAAUGAUGGAAUUGGAAAGUGACAUGGAACAGUUCUGCAAAAUCAAAGGCUAUCUGGAGGAAGAACUAGACUACAGAAAGCAAGCUCUUGACCAAGCAUAUAUGAGAAUCCAGGAACUAGAAGCUACUUUGUACAAUGCUCUACAGCAAGAAACUGUUAUCAAGUUUGGUGAAUUAUUAAGUGAAAAACAGCAAGAGGAGCUGAGGACGGCAGUAGAAAAGUUACGGCGGCAAAUGCUGAGGAAGAGCAGAGAGUAUGACUGUCAGAUUCUUCAGGAGAGAAUGGAGCUCUUACAGCAAGCCCAUCAGAGAAUUCGUGACUUAGAAGAUAAAACAGACAUCCAGAAAAGACAAAUAAAGGACUUAGAAGAAAAGUUUCUGUUUCUAUUCUUGUUCUUCUCUCUUGCCUUUAUUCUAUGGCCUUGAUGUCAAGGUGCCUCUUAAAGAGUAACCGAAAACAUGGAUAAGAUCCCAGAAAGACAAAUGCUUCUGAACCUUCAAAGAUGGCAAAAUUGUUUACACCAGUGAGAGGGAGAUCAAAAGUUAAGAACUACCCUGUAGCCAGGACUACAACUGUGUAUUUUAAAGCCAUUAUUCAAGGUUUCUUACUUGACAGUUCCUACACAACCCUGUUGAAAAUCUACAAUAUAUGCUGCAUUUAAUGAAACAUGUAUAUGUCAAAUCAGAAGAGAAGAACUAUAAACAUGUAUUGUGUAAAGAAAAAGUUCAGCAAUGGAACUAGUUUCUGCAGAUCAAGCAAAGAUGUGUCUUGGGCAUGGAACCAAAGUUACAAUGAAACAUUCAACCCCUGCUGUGCAGGGGGGUCAUUUUAAUGUAACACCACACCCCAUGGAAACACUAGUCCUGAUAAUAAACAUCAUUUUAAAAGAUCAAAAGAAAACAAACAAACAAAAAAAACAAGGGUGGGUGGGGAGUGAAGCAGGAGGAAUACCUAUGAAGAGCUAUUUACAAUAAAAUGUUUCGUUUGAAAA